ACGUGAAAUUUCAGUAGACGAAACGUUUGAGCACAUUCAUAGACAGAGCACAAGCAAAUACUUCGAACUUGAUUUCAAAUUCUUAUGCCACAUAUUUCUAUUGAAAAGCAAACAAAAUGACGGAGCUACCGCCGGAAAUACGCAUUACGCGUAUCACAAAUACAUAUCUGCAGGAUACGUUGGAUGAGAUCGAAGCCGAGGAUAAGAAGCCCAAAGGGCCAACCAAAGCUGAAAAGAAGCUGGCGCGCAAAGAAGCCGUGCGAAAGCGCAAAAUGGAAGAGCAAAAGUUGGUCUUACGCCAUGGGCUGCAAAUGGAGCUGGAGAUAGGCAAGCGCAUGGAUUUGCGCGGCAUGGAGGAAUGGAAUGCCAUAGCUCAGGAAAUUAAGUUGAUAGACCUGCGCACUGAGUUGAUACAGUGGGGCGAGAGCGCCCAGCGCAUCAUAGAGAGCAAGAAUGAUCACAUCAACAUGCUGAUGGCGGAUCUGACGCAUACGAACGAGCAGCAUGCGCGCAACUAUAGCCGCACCGUGGAGCUGAUCGAUCACAUCGGCGAAUGCUAUCAGGCCAUGCUCGAGGGCUGCAAGAACAUGUACGAGCAGCAGGCCGAGGCGUUGCUCAAGGAGUUCUACGACGAGGUGCAUCUGCGCACCGAGGAGGUGGCGGCCAUGCAAACGAACAGCGAGAACAUCAUCCAUGCCUCGAAUCUCUUCACGCGCGACCAGCUCAAGGAGGACUAUCAGAUCUACCAGGAGCAGCGCGACGACUAUGUGAACAAAAACAUCGAGCGUCGCUUCGACAUACGCGAUCAGGUGGUCCGCAAAAUGAGCCACAUGCAGCGCCAGCUGAACGAGUUCGUCGACGUACUGCAAAACACCGAUCUGGAUGUGCACAAAUACGAGCGCAUUCGAAUGCUGACUGAGCGCCAGCAGCUGUUUGUGGAGGACACCAAGAAGCUGAACCAGGACGAGGUCAAGCACAUCGGCAUGUUGAACGAGAUACAGCAGGAGAUGCUGCGCGUCGAGACGGAGAACAAUGCGACGAUCAACGAUCUGCGCCUGGAGUUCGAAUACUUCACGAAUGUGCGCAAGAAAAUCGAGGAUCGCAUGCACGCCGAUCGCAUAACGACGCACGAGAAGCUGCGCAUACUCAGCACCGAGUGCUAUGAGUUGACCAAGAAAUUCGAGAAGAUCGUGAAGAGCGGAGAGCUGCUGCUCGCUCUCUCCAUCACCUGUCGCAAGCUGCAAACGGAGUCCGAGAAAAUCAUUGUGGGCGGCGAGGUAAUCGACCCCAUCGAUGUGGGCGACGUGACCGACGAGUUCACGCUGCAAACGCUUGACAUUACGAAGCAUGUGGACCUGACCGAGGCCGAUCUGGUCAUGCUGAAUAAGAGCCUGAAGAACUUCUGGCGCCAGCAGGCCAUGGCCCAGGCACAGAACAUGCUGCUCUUGGAGGAGAAGCGCAAGCUGACCGCAGAGAAUGACAGUUACAUCAACUUCAUCAAGUCCAUGAGCAAGACUGACAAUGCCGAGGAGCUGCGCUCCGCCAUGCUCGUUAGUCCCUGCAUCAAGAAGGUGCCGCUGCUCUUCGACACCCAAUGCCGCUUCCACAAGCUGCGCAUUAAGCGGGAGUCGCCCACAGCCGGCCGAGAUUCCCAGCGGAGUGCAGUGAACUCCAUCAAAUACAUCCUGUAUGGCAGCAGGUGCAGUCUGCAUGACGGAAACAAGUUAAUGUAGACAUAUAUAGCUGAAAGAUAUAUCUAAGAAAAUCUGAGCAAAUUGUAUAGUGUUUAGCAUAGGCAGUUUCAUGUAGACAAGUGAAAUACGAGUGGAAACUUAACUGAGGUAGCAGAGCUUAUUAGAUUUAGUUUUGUAUUGUGAUGAAGCUAACGAUUUGCUUCACGAUCAAUUCAUUUAGUGAAAUAUGAGUGGAAAUUAAGUUUAUUAUUAGUUUAUAUAUGUGAAAUUGGAAUUCACUUGUAUGAGUGAAUAUAUAUAGAUAUAGUGAGCAUAUUAUGAAAAUUUAGUAUAAGCAGAUAAUUUAUUAGCUUGUUCCGUUUUAUAUAGAGGCAGAUAUAUAGCAUAUGAUCAAUUCACUUGAAUAAGUGAAUGUUUGUAUAGUGAAACAAGAGUGGAAAUUCAGUUAAAGCUAAAAUAACUUCAUAACAUAUGUUUACAACAUAACUGUUAAUUAUUUAUCAAUUCACUCAUUCAAGUGAAUAUGUAGCUGGGUGAAAUAAGAGUGGGAAUCUAGUAUAGGCAGCUUAUAUAUAAAUUUUUAGUUUAAUGUCUGGGCUAUGUGUCUAUAGAAUGUUAGGUGUAUCUCAAUGUGAAUAAUCAUCAAUUCACCUAUUCAGGUGGAUUUAAGUAAAGUGAAAGCCAAGUAAAACUUAGUGUUACAUUAGCUUUUUCAGGCUGUAUGUUUAUAUAAUGUCAGGUAUAUAUCAUUAGUAGGAAAAAUCAAUAAUUCACUCAUUCAAGUGAAUAUUCAGUUAGUGAAAUAAGAGCGGAAAUUCAGUU